AUGGCGUCUUCCUCCUCGACGGGAAACUCUCAAGCGGCGUCGACUACGACAAACGCACCACGAACAAAACUUCCUGCGUUAGCCGCAUACAACAACGCCCUCGUCCUUCUACCACCUCUCGAAGUUGCCCGCCGUCUUGCUCCUUUCCGCGCUGUCCACGACAAAGCAGGCACACGAUGGACAUCCCAUGUCACAUUUAUUUUCCCCUUUGUCGAAGAUCGUCAUCUCGAUACUACUCUUGCCACCCUGCGUCCCAUCGUCAAUGCAUUUGAGCCAUUUGACAUCUCGCUCACCUCUGUGGGGAGGUUUGCCAAACCAAGUGGUGAUACAGUUCACCUGUGUCCAGGAAAGGGGAUAAAGAGUCAAGAGGAGAAUAUCCAGCGACUCUGGAAGGCCGUGGCGUCUGCUGUCGGAUACAAAGGUCGUGCAUUCGUGCCGCAUAUGACGAUCGGCCAAGCUCCGAAUUCAGGUGACCAACAUGCCUUGGAAUUUCUCAACACAAAGGCCGAUGCCUUGCUGGAGAGCGUAAAGGAUAUCAAAUGGACACUAGGUAGUGUCGUGGCUAUCAAAAAGGACGAAAAGGAUGGUGGCAUCAUGAAGUUUUACGAUGAGCUCUUCCUCCAAGGAUGCUCAGAAAUCUCCUAUCAACCUGGCCCGUUGAGCCAGCACAUCUACCUUUCACCUUCGGGAAAUUGGCAAUGGAGUACAGACAUUAUACCCGAAUCUCUCGCCACGUUGCCAGAGGACCUGUCCAUCGCGACCUAUAACAUCCUCCAAGACCCUUUGAUUCCCAUCGUUCCUCGCAUCCCCCAGCUUAUUGACACAAUCCUCGAGGCAGACGCCGAUAUCAUCACCUUACAAGAGGUGACUGAUGAAUCACUUCGGUUGCUUUUAACGCCUCGUAUGGCGGUUUACCGGUUCAGCUCGCGCGAUCCGUCGGUCGUCUGUGAGAAUGGGCGAAAUGUACUCAUACUUUCAAAGUACCCAUUCACUUCUCGUAGUCUCGAUACGGGUAACAAGCACAAACCCGCCACCCUAGCCAUCUUUGAUCUACCAUCGUCCUCGUACACUGGAUCAAAGUUUGUGCUGGCUGCUGUACAUCUCAGUGCUGGCCAUGCCUCGGCUCUGCUCGAGCAUAAAGCGCGAGAACUGACGAGCGUCAUUCAGUAUGUCCAGACGUACCACCCGAACGAUGAAGUGGUUAUCGCCGGGGAUACAAAUUGGCCGCAUGGGAUCAAAUGCGCUCCAAUCGAGGAGAAUCAGGCGUUCACGGAUGUGGCUACAGCCCUUGGCUUUGAGCAGCCGACGUACGAUCCUAGUUCAAACGCUCUCGCUGCAAAGACGGUCAAGGAGAAUAAAAACGCACACCGGUACGAUAGGAUAUAUAUCCGAAAGAAUUCAUCCUGGAAUAUCAGCGAUAUCGGGCUCUUUGGAACCCAAGAGGAUGCACCAAGUGACCAUGCUGGUCUCAAGGUGCAUCUUCAACGGGAAGAUGUCACCAAAAACCCACAUACCAUCACAACUUCGACUUUGCCGAACCUCUCGACGUCUUUUGAACAUGAAAGUCAUGAAAAAAGCGAUCCGGAGCAAUCUCUUGGUUCAUGUAGCAUCACAGAAAAGGAUUUGAACGACUCAUUUACAACCUACGACUGGUUACCGACUACUGAGCAGGAGCAGAACAUGGCAGCUGCGCUGGAGCUCGUUCGACAGGUCAUUUGCGCUCCAGUUGAACGCUCAUCUCAAGCACAGGAAGUCACACAGGGCGCACACGAUCAAAAUUCGUCCGAGACGGUGCCGGAACGUGCAACACCCCGUCCAGAUGUGGUCCUCAAGCUGGAAGCGGUUGGAAGCUAUGCACUCGGUGUGCAUACGUGCGAGUCGGACAUUGACUGUCUCGCCGUAGGCAAUAUCUCGCCGCAGACGUUUUGGCUGCUAGCACGUUCGAGACUGCUUGCACAGGCGAAACAGCAGACUGGGACUGGGACGACGGUCGUCAAGCUUAGGAGAUUUGUCAAGGAUGCUGCUGUACAGAUGAUGGAACUUGAGGCUCAUGGGAUCAAGAUUGACUUGCAGUAUUGUGUUGCGCCAAAGCUGGUCGAACGGUGGUCGGAGAUUCCGGAGAUUCCCGUCGAUUCGCCGCUUUUCGCGCUACCAGCCUCUAGCCUCGUAACUCUCAGCGCAUACCGAGACGUUCUCAUUCUGCGACGGGUCAUUCCUUCGCUCUCUGCGUUCGUCAAAGCUCAUCGAGCACUCAAGCUUUUCCUUUCCCGCCGAGGGCUCGUUGGCGCACGAUUUGGAUAUCUGGGCGGAUUUCAUUUGACCCUCUUACUCACACGUGUGGCAAUCACCCUUCCCCAUUCGGCCGGCAGGAGCGCCCCCCAUCUAGUCGAAGCGUUUCUUCGAGAGUAUGCAGUGUGGGAUUGGACCCAGGACACUGUACACCCUAUCCCUGCAGCAGCUGCGGUGGGAACGGGUGCAUAUAAGCGUGUCGUGCAAAGGGAGCCCAUGGCGGUCUUGUCCAUCUCGAAGCCGCAGAAGAACAUCGCGUCAAAUGCAAGCUGGAACUCUGUCGCCUCUCUCUCGCAUGGCCUUCAAACUGCGAAUGCGACACUCCAGAGUGGGGGCACUUGGCUAGACGUCUGUGGAACGAACCCAUUGAAAAGCUUUAUCGACGAAUAUCGCUCCUUUGUGAAGAUUGAAGUUCACUAUUGGGGCGGCGAUUGUAUGCAAGGCCGCGCACUCAUGGGAUGGCUGGAAUCAAAGAUUGUCAGCCUUCUUGUCCAGCUCCACAUGACGGUUCCAGAGGUUACAGCAAGGCUUUGGCCACAGCGGCUUGUCGACGAGUCCGUCGUGGACCCAAAUACUCGAGACCCCAAUAGCUUCUAUCUGCUUGGGUUGUCAUUGUUCUCGCAAGGCGACGAACAAACGGCUCGACGGUCCAGUGGUGAACUCGAAGCUGCACUUCUGAACGCCCUGCGUACAUUUGAACAAAACGUGCGCUCAAACGAGAAAUAUUACAAUGCCGCCAGCACAUUCAUCUCUGUAUCACACGCCAAGCGAACUCAACUGCCGUCAUCAGUCUUGGUCGACCCCUUCAAGUGGGCCGAUAACGGCAUUGAUCUUGCGGACGAGGGAGAUUUGGAAGAGGAGCUCGAAGAGUAUGCAUUGGAAGCUGCUGCACCGGGUACAACACAGUUGCUGUCGAUUGGAUUGUCGGAAGAAGCGGGCGACGACUGGGAAGGUUACCAUAUCCCUUCGUCCUCCCAGCGUAAACGUGCGGCUGCUGCAAAAGCUAAAGCAAGAGUUACACCCCACGUUCCGGCCGGCAAGCUGCGAACCAGCACGGAUGUUUACAAUCGCUUGAUGUGGGAUGCAACGGGGAAUGUGGCCAAAGACGCGUAUGUCAUUGGGUACGAGGAUCGUUUCAAAGGUAUCAAAGAGACACCUCUCACCGCCUGGAAACGCGAAGUCGAAGACGAGUCCUUCAUUCCCUUCCAUCGGGUGGUUUAUUUCAAGCGGCUGACGGAUAACGUACACGUCUGGGACCGCCGUACGAAGAUAGAUCUAGUCUUCGGAAGUGGUGCAGGGGCUUCGUAG